CUACAGGGUGACUGAACUUCCAGAAAAACUGCCUGUUUGCCGGAGUCCCUGAGGAGUGAGGUGAUGGGGGUCCGCAGUGCGUCCCACCUGCUGAGAGGCUGUGUGCUCCUGCUGCUCUGCCUGGCCCACAGCCCGCCAGCGGCCUCGGAGGCCACCAGAGAUUACUAUGAAACUCUGCAUGUCGAGUCAACGGCGACAGACCAGCAGAUAAAAAAGGCUUUCCGAAAACUGGCCGUGAAGUACCACCCAGAUAAGAACAAGGGCACAGAUGCAGAGAGGACGUUCAGAGAGAUUGCAGAAGCCUACAAAGUGCUCUCGAACAGUGACAAACGGAGGCAGUACGACCUCAUGGGCCAUGAAGCCUUCCUGAACAACCAGGCUUCUGUUGACCCAGAAGAUGACCAUGAACACUUCUACUUCUUCUCUGACGUCUUCGACGUUUAUGACGGGGAGGAAACACACUUCCACUGGAGCUUCCAUCAGGAUGAGGACGAUCAACACACGCACUUCCGUUUUGACGACGUUGACUUCAGGACCAUUGUUGCACUUUGACCCAGAGGAUAUCCUGUGCCUUCUCAGCAUUUGGAGAGUGAGUUCCCUGGAGCCAACAGACAAAGGAUCUUUGCAGCUUUACGCCCU